AUGGAUAUUGAAGUAGAUUAUAUCAAUGAUGAACAAUUAAUCCAACUCAUGAAGGAUGAGAAAAUUAAACUACAAAUAUUCGAUGUUCGUUCAAGUGAUGUUGGGACUUGUGUAAUUCACGGAGCAAUCAACUACAGAGUAACUGAAUUUAUGAAGAAAAUUCCUCAAAUUCUUGAGAAGUAUCAUAAUUAUAAUUACAUAGUUGUUCACUGCAUGAGGUCACAACAACGUGGACCAAAAUGUGCUCGGGCAUUAAAAGAAGCAUUUAUUACUUCAAAAUAUUUUUCAACAUCCAACGUCUCUAUCGUGAUACUGGCAGGUGGUUUUAGUAACUUUUUCAAUAAACACUUUCAAGAAGAAGAUCUUUUUGAUUCAAUUGAAUAA